CAGUUGUGGUGACGCUCCAGCCCCAAACAACUCCAGACAUGAAGGUGUUCAUCGUUGCCGCCGUCCUGGCCGUGGCCGCCGCUGCCCCGGCCCCGGAGAACCCGCCGUCCUACCGCCCGGCCCCGGCCUACAAGCCGGCCCCCUACCACCCGGAGCCCCAGUACAAGGAGGAGGCCAAGCCGUACGCCUUCGAUUACGCCGUCGACGACAAGUACACCGGCACCAACUUCGCCCAGAACGAGAAGAGCGACGGCCACAACGCCGAGGGUUCCUACACCGUGGCUCUGCCCGACGGCCGCAUUCAGACCGUCAAGUAUACCGCCGACCAUACCAACGGAUUCAACGCCGAGGUCACCUAUGAGGGCGAGGCGAAAUAUCCCGAGCACCACCCGGCCCCGGCCUACAAGCCCGCUCCCGCCCCCUACAAGCCUGCGCCUAAGUACUAAGAUGUUGUGAUUUAGGCAACUUAUGUGUCUGAAGUAUAUAUUUUAUUUAUUUGUGAUUCUUUAUGUUUGUGCUAAAUAAAACAUCUCACUCACGCUUCUGAA